AGAUUAUGGCUGUAUGCUGAAGAUUGAAGAAAGUGAAAAUCUCCCAGAUGGUCGGUCUCUGGUCAACACAGUUGGAGGGCGUCGCUUUAAGGUGUUGAGAAGAGGUGAUAGAGAUGGGUAUAACACAGCUGAUGUCGAAUACUUGGAGGACAAGCAAGUUGAUGGGAUCCAACUGACUGACCUCUGCAUCUUGCACAGUCGUGUCUAUGAACAAGCUCGGAACUGGUUUGACCAUCUGCCGAGCAUUCUCCAGGGACAGAUACACAGUCAGCAUGGACCCAUUCCAGACCAGGAAGAAAAUGUACAGGCCUCUCCGGAUGGUCCUCAAUGGUGCUGGUGGGUCCUAGCUGUUCUACCGAUGGAGCCUGGUCUUCAAAUGAUGCUGCUCUCAUCUACAUCAUUGCAUCACCGACUGAUGCACCUCCAGCGUGUCCUGCAUUAUUUAGUGCAGAAUCAGAUCCUGUAAUUGACUCUAGGUUUUUGCUUCAAAGCACCAGGGAGAUGGUAACAUCUCCUUACUAUCUACUCACUCCAACCCAAAACCCCGGAGAGACUCCAACAGGGCAGGAGGAGGGCAUUUGUCUUUUGAACAUUUUGAGACUGCAGUCUUUGCUUGUUCCAUAAUUGGAUGGGUUCUGAAUUAUCAAAACCCCUUUGAUUUGGAAAGAAAAGCAAUGGGUAACAGAGGAGGCCCGUGGAUGGCAGUACAUUUGGAUUUAAAUGUUUUUCAGUCACUACACUGAGACAGUUGAGUUUAUUUGUUGUUCAUUCACGAGCUGUGGGCUUUGCUGACUCUGCCAGUACUUAUUGACCGUUCCUACUUGCCUUUGAGGUGGUGAUGGUGAGCUGCCUUCUUGAACUGCUGCAAUCCAUUUGGUGUGUAGACUUACAAUACUGUGAAGAAGGGAAUUCCAGGAUUUUGACCGAAUGGUGCUGAAGCAAGGGAUGGUUUAAGAUGUGCUGGAAAGAUGUUUGGAGUUCAGGCAAGGAGCAAUUUGAUCCCAACAGGAUGAAGAUGCAGAGGCUACUACAUUCUCUGUCAGAUCAGUAAGCUGAAGGGCCUUCCAAACAUCUUACAGCAUUGGCUGCUGGACCAGGCUGGGGUAUGAACUCCAGAUCUCCAGUAGACAGUGUCCACAGGAUGAGGCUGCUUUGAAACCCUGGCAACUGGCAAAGGUCAGUAGCAAGGGGAAAGAACAUUUCUAACAGGGUGACACAAGCCCAUGUGUCUCCCAGGUGAAUGGCCAGAUGCUGCUGUGGAACAGUGAGGAGUUUCAUCAUUUUCCACAACUUGAUCCAUUUUAUCAGCAAAUGACAUCUCAAUACUCUUACGUGACAAUUACCUCUCCCUCUUUGGCAGACUCCCUGUUUAAUUAUUGAGAUUCAUGCAUUCUUGAAAUAGAAUUUUAUCAAUUUUAUAAAUUCUUAUAAGAUUAUGGAAAGUACAGAAGGGGCUGAUGAAGCUCACAAACAUUUUCUUGUUGAGAUUCUGUAUGUGGCUACAGCUCCUGCAUUUAACACAGUUGUGCAAUUUGAAGGUUUAAGUCAUUAAGAAUUUGUUAGCUAUUCACCACAGUUUGAGUUCCAUGCAGAAAUAACAACCUUUAUAGAAAAUGACUGACCUUGGUUAUGAAAUGAAUUCACUAUCGCACUGUGGCUAACCAGAACUGAGCUGUAUCACUUCCUCAAUAGACUGCUGGUAGUGGGAGCAAGGAACUCUGCUAUUGCAGUAAAUGAGACACAAUCAAUGCACCAGUUCCUGCUCCAUUUGAGAGGUUGUGGUAAACUGUAGAGAUGGUUGAAGGAUAGGAAGUGAGUGAGAAAGAGAGAGAAGGAGCAAACCAGAGCACUUGCACACAGGCCAAGUGAAGGAAUGGUUAUCUGAGCAUCUUUUGAGUUAUGAAGAGAAAUUUUGUUGUGCAGUGGGUAGAGCCCCUGCUCUGAGUGCCUUGACUGGACAAGACUGCCACAGUGUGUUCAUAAUGUGGCCAAACAGAUUGAUUAUCAACCUGCAAAUCCUUUCUAUGCACCAAUUUCACGGGGUAACAAUGGGAGAGACCAUGUGGUCAGCCAUGCUUCAUGUGAAGUGGUGCCCCUAGGUAAGACUUGUAUGCUGAACCUGUUCUCAAAAUCCAGGCUAAGGGAACAGAUGUAAGUGUGUGCCUCAUGCAUUACCAAGGAAGCUUCUAUAUUUGCAAUGAAGACAGAAGUUCAAAUAUUAUUUAUGAACAUUUUGAUUUGGAGCCAAACCCAGUUGAAUUGCACCUUGAUAUAAAGGGCAACUUGCUGGCUCUCUCCCUUGGCUCCAUGUGUCCAUGGAACUCACUGCCCAUGAAGGCAGUGGAAGCGGAAAUAAUCCAUGAUUUCAAAAGGAAAUUGGAUAGACAUUUGAAGGAAGUAAAUCUAUGGAGGAGGGGAUAGCGGUGAAAGGGAACAAGAAGAGGAGUGGGAUUUACUAGAUCAUUCCAUAGAGGGCCAGCGUAGAAUCUAUGGCCUCUUUCUGUGCUGGAAAUGAUUGUGAUUCUACAUGUUUGCUGUGUCAGGGGCUGAGUGAAGGUUAGGUACAGUAUCGUGCCUACAGCACAGAAAGACCAUUCUACCGAGAUCCAUGCUGAUAUUUAUGUUUCAGAUGAACCUCUUCCCACUCCUUUGUUCAGCAUAGGUUUCUAUUUCUUUUGCCCUUUGUACAUAUCCCUACUGGUGUCAAAUAUGAGUAGAAUUUCAAACUUUAAUGACUCUGGGAAAAAUUUUGGAUUUUCCUAUUGGAUUUCAUAAUUGGCUUUAAUAUGUCCAUGACCUCAUG